AUGGACUCCAGAACAGUAGGAAUUUUGGGCGGUGGCCAACUAGGCCGUAUGAUUGUUGAAGCAGCCAACAGACUCAAUGUGAAAACGGUUAUUUUGGAUGCCCCUAACUCUCCUGCGAAACAAAUCAACGCGCUAACAGAACAUGUGGAUGGCUCUUUCGCCAACCCAGCAGAUAUCGAGAAAAUUGCAGCCAAGUGCGAUGUCUUGACUGUCGAAAUCGAGCAUGUCGAUGUCCCUACUCUACAAAAGGUUCAAAAAGCGUACCCCAAACUUGAAAUUUACCCAUCUCCAGAGACUAUUCAGCUAAUCCAAGACAAAUACCUGCAAAAAGAGCAUAUGAUUAAGAAUGGUAUCGCCGUUGCCGAAAGUGUGGCCAUUGAAGAACCAUCUGAAGAAUCUUUGGCGGAAGUGGGCUCCAAAUUUGGAUACCCUUACAUGCUGAAAUCCAGAACACUGGCCUACGACGGUCGUGGAAAUUUCGUCGUCAAAUCUAAGGAUUCGAUCCCAGAGGCUUUGACCGCACUUUCUGAUAGACCACUGUAUGCCGAAAAAUGGGCACCUUUCACCAAAGAGUUAGCGGUGAUGAUCGUCCGUUCCAUAAAUGGCAAAGUUUAUUCAUAUCCAGUCGUGGAAACCAUUCACCAGGACAACAUUUGUCACUUGUGUUUUGCACCAGCUAGAAUCCCAGACUCUGUUCAGUUGAAAGCAAAGUUGUUGGCCGAGAACGCUAUUAAAUCCUUCCCUGGCUGUGGUAUUUUUGGUGUUGAGAUGUUUUAUCUUGAGAACGGCCAAUUGCUGAUCAAUGAAAUUGCCCCCAGACCACACAACUCGGGCCAUUACACUAUUGACGCCUGUGUCACCUCGCAAUUCGAGGCCCAUGUGAGAGCCAUCUUGGGGCUACCUCUGCCAGCCAAUUUUGCUUCUCUGGCCACCUCUAACACUAAUGCCAUAAUGCUGAAUAUUUUAGGUGACAAGAAGGUUAAAGAUAAAGAGCUGGAGACAUGUGAACGUGCCCUUCAAACCCCAGGCGCCUCGGUCUACUUGUAUGGCAAAGAAUCAAGACCUCAAAGGAAGAUGGGUCACAUUAACAUUGUCAGUUCUUCCAUGCAGCAAUGUGAAAGAAAGCUGCGUUACAUCACUGGCGAGAGUGAUGAAGGAUCCGGCGCAAGUGCUGUGGAAGAUCUUGAAUCACCUGUUGCUGGUUUGGCUAAGAAACCUGAAGUUGGUGUCAUCAUGGGAUCAGAUUCUGACCUACCAGUAAUGAGUGCCGCUUGUAAAAUUCUGACUCAAUUUGGAGUCCCUUACGAAGUUACUAUUGUAUCGGCACACAGAACUCCUCACAGAAUGAGCAGGUAUGCUGUAGAAGCCUCUAAACGUGGUCUGAAAGCUAUCAUUGCCGGUGCUGGUGGUGCCGCACAUCUCCCUGGUAUGGUUGCUGCCAUGACCCCGCUACCAGUAAUAGGCGUUCCAGUCAAAGGCUCAACUCUCGACGGUGUUGACUCUUUGCAUUCGAUAGUUCAGAUGCCAAGAGGAAUUCCUGUUGCUACUGUUGCGAUCAACAACAGUACCAAUGCUGCGCUUCUAGCAAUUCGGAUUCUAGGCGCUUUCACUCCUGCCUAUCACGAAAGAAUGCAAGAGUUUUUGGUCAAGCAAGAGGAAGAGGUUUUGCUCAAAGCUGAAAAACUCGAAACCAUUGGUUACGAGCGUUAUUUGGACAGCAAGUAA